AAUGAGAUUGUAAGGUUUCUUAGUAAAUUUCUGCACUUUUGUAAUCCUUACUGCAAAACGUACAAUCAAUCUCUUGUUUCUCUUGAUUUAUCUUUCUAUAUUUUAUCUCAAUUUUUAUCAUGUCUUUUUUCUUUAUAUUGCAAAAUAUAUCUGGUGUUCACCUAGAGUUUUGCUAAAACAGAAUACUAUUGGUAACAUUGACAAUAUGAUAAUAGGUUAGGUGACAUGUCAUGUCAUAACCUAUUAUAAUUUCCAAGCUUUCAAGUAUUAAAACUGCACACAAGCUGCCAACAUGGUUGAUGAAUCGACGAAGAAAACUUUAAGUAACAUUCCGCUAUUGCAAACAAAAGCUGGUCCCAGAGAUAAGGAUUUAUGGGUGCAGAGGUUGAAAGAGGAAUAUCAAGCUCUCAUUAAGUAUGUCAAAAAUAAUAAAGAGGCGGACAAUGACUGGUUUCGGCUGGAAUCAAACAAGGAAGGUACGAGAUGGUUCGGCAAGUGCUGGUACAUUCAGAAUUUCCUGAAAUAUGAAUUUGAGAUAGAAUUUGAUAUUCCCAUUACGUAUCCUACAACAGCGCCUGAGAUUGCUUUACCAGAAUUAGAUGGUAAAACGGCAAAGAUGUACAGGGGUGGUAAGAUCUGUCUUACUGAUCACUUCAAGCCACUGUGGGCUCGCAAUGUUCCCAAAUUUGGCAUUGCUCAUGCAAUGGCUCUUGGUUUAGGACCAUGGUUGGCAGUCGAGAUUCCAGAGCUGAUAGAAAAAGGCGUUGUGGUUCACAAAGACGAUGAAAAGAAAUCGUGAACGCUGUGCCACCGAUAUGUCUACUCACAGGAUAAUAGAAAUGAAACGCAAUUGUUUAUAAUAAAUUAUUUUUUUACACUCAUCAUUUGAGAGCGGAUUUAUAUAAUAUAUUAAGUUUUACAUACGAUAUAAAGUAUUUACAUUCAAUGUGCGAUCAAUAAAGAUUACUCUGAUAGAGCUACUUAUCGUC